AUGGAUUCAAGACCUUCAAAGCCAUACCACGUCCAACAGCUCGUGGACAAUCCAGAUGCCUUCCCGCAUCACUCCUCUGUGAGUGCUUUGUGGAAUUUGAAAUGGAAAGGACUCGCUGUCAUGGCCGUGUAUCCAUUUGGUGACGGAAAAGCCGAGGACUUUCAAGAAGUUUUCAAUAACCUGAUCGAGGCCAGCGGGGAUGAUUACCAAGUCUUUUAUGAUCCAGAAGCUUACGCUGCUCCUUUUUUUCCAGUCGGCAAGAGGUUGCUCUUAGAAGCGCGAGCAGCGGAGAGCACGGAUAAAGCAGCGGCGCGGGACCUCUACCUGCGCGCCGCAGCCGUCUUUCGCAUUGCUCGCUUCCCUAUAAACCGCUCUCCUGCCUCUCAGAUGGCCUGGCAGUACGGCAAGGAAGCAUAUAUGGCUGCAUCUCCAUACCUGGACCCGCCAAACCAACAAGUGGUCAUCCCACAUACACACCGUGAUCACUCGGCUGGCGAUGGUGACAAUAUUUAUGCAUACUUACGAGUUCCCGACAAGAUUGAAAAGCCUGAAAAGGGUUGGCCGGUUGUCCUUUUCAUCUGCGGUCUAGACGCCUACCGUACAGACCACACGACCCGCACGCAAGACCAUGUUCACCAUGGAUUUGCUUGCUUGUCCGUAGAUAUUCCCGGAACUGGAGACUCGCCUGCCGCUCCGGGAGACACCUGUAGCCCUGAUCGACAAUGGAGCAGUGUCCUUGACUGGAUCGCCAGUCCUACGGGUGGUCAGAUGUACGAUUUAAAUGAGUAUAGAGUGAUUGCCCGCGGAGUUAGUACUGGUGGUUACUACGCUAUGCGUAUAGCACACACACACUCCAACCGCUUGAAGGCAGUUGUCGCACAAGGUGGUGGCUCACACCAUAUGUUUGACGAAGCCUGGAUACGCGCACAAAAUCAUAUGGAGUAUCCUUUCGCCCUUGCUAACGCGUUAGCUGCGAAGUUUGGAAGUUCCUCUGUGGAGGACUACAUCAACAGUAACCCCCGUGCUAGGUUCAGCCUCGAGGAGAAUGGCAUUUUUGAUAUGCCGUGCACCCGCUUGUUGGUAAUCAACGGUAUGGAAGAUAGUAUUUUCCCCAUAGAGGACAGCAUUCUGGCGUGCAGGCGGGGAAGGGUCAAGGAUGCUAGGUUCAUCGAUAGCACAGGCCAUAUGGGCAAUCCGGGGGCGGAGGAAAUUAUCUAUGAAUGGAUUGACGAGGUUGCCGGAAGGAAUUGA